AUGUCCGAGUCGGGUACUGCUGUCCCGGCGCCCAGAGAGCGCGCAGCCGCUGAGCGCCGCCUUAUUUGGAAGCUCGAUUUCCUGCUCAUGCCUCUCCUCACCGUCACUUUGGGCUUGCAGUACUACGACAAGGCAGCGCUGGGCUCGGCGGUCGCGUUUGGUAUCCUCAAAGACUUGUGGCUGACCCCUAAGCAACUGUCAACGACGCACGAUGGUGUCACUUCGACUGCCCGCUACUCGACGGCGACUGCGUGCUUCUACUAUGGUUACAUCGUUGCCGUCCUUCCGAUGGCGCUCCUCUUUGCCCGCCUCAAUUUGAGGUAUGCGGCCGGUACUGUCAUUGUGAUCUGGGGUGUUGUUGCUAUUCUCACUGUCGUCUGCACCAACUACAAGGGUUUCUAUGUGCAGCGCUUCUUCCUUGGACUUCUGGAGUCUGCGGUCAGCCCAUGCUUUGUCGCGAUCACGGCCCUCUGGUACAAGCCUCAAGAGCAGGCCACACGCCUGGGUAUCUGGUACUCGGCCACGGGUAUCUUCUCCAUGUUCAGUGGUGCCGUCAACUACGGCCUUGGAAGCAGUGGUGAUGCCCACGCGUGGAAGUACAUCUACUAUUUCUGUGGCUCUCUCACCAUUGCAUGGGGCUUCAUCGUUAUGGCCAUUCUGCCGGCUUCGCCUCUUCAACCGGGUCCCUUCUUCACCGCUUCUGAGCGCGACAUCCUUGUUCGCCGCUUCGAGCAGAACCCAUACGCCCGUGACAGGCAGAGCUUCAAGAAGGACCAGUGCAUCGAGGCCCUCCUCGACAUCCGUACCUACAUUUAUCUCUUCAUGGCCACCAUGACGUACAUGUGUAACGGCGCAGUAACCGCGUUCGGUACUCUUAUCAUCAAGAGCAUCGGCUACACUGGUCUCCAGUCUAUUGCGCUUGGUAUCCCCGGUGGAGCCGUUACUUGCAUCACCAUCUACUUCUUCACGUACCUCGCCGACAAGUACAAGAACAUUCGCACUUACCUCUUCCCCCUGUCGUGUAUCCCGGUGGUUGUUGGCGCUAUUGUCAUCUGGACUGCGCCCUGGCACCCCACCGCCGGUCCCCUCAUCGGUUACUACCUCGUCGCGAGUUUCGGUGCGCCAUACGUGCUGCUUCUUGCCAUCGCUUCGGCCAACACUGCUGGCUCCACGAAGAAGGCCAUUACCUCCGGCGCCAUCUUCAUCGGAUACAACGUCGGCAACAUUGCCGCUGCGUACACUGUGAAGGCCCAGGAAGUGCACAUCAAGUACCGCAGCACGUGGAUAACCGUUAUCGUCUCCAUGGUUGUCGCCAGCAUUGCGUCCAUUGUGCUCCGCUUCGUGCUCAUUUCCAUGAACAAGAAGCGCGAGGCGGCCGGCACGGCCGACCCUUCUCCCGAGGCUGUGCAGGCAGCUCGGGAGGACGAUGAGAAGACUGUCACGGCUCAGACCCACGGCAGUGGCGCAGUGGAGGGUGAGGCGCCGCUUGUUAUCGACAAGGUGGAGGAGUAUGUCGAUCUCACGGACAAGCAAGCACCCUUCUUCCGAUACACUCUGUAA